CUCGAAAAAAUGUCUAGAGCAGUCUAGAGUCCAUGUGAUUAAGUCAGAAAGACAUCAGAAUAUUACGUUAUAAAUUUAUUAUUAUAAUUCAGUCUUGAGCAAUGUAUGUGCUAUUGAGUCUUUGAAAAAAUGAAGUUGAAACAUAAAUUAAAACGAACCUCUUAAGGAGUUUAAUACCUACAUGACUGUUGUACUAUUAAAUAUUGACUUUAUAGAAUACUAUUUAUUUUUGAAGUCACAGAACGAUGGCUUUAAGAGAAUUAGUUGAAGGCGAUUGCGGUGGACCAAGUCCAUUUACUACAUUUACUUCACAUCUAGUUCAAGAUAGAGGUUUUCGAGAAGAGGGUCUAGGUCAAUCACAAUUGAUUCCAUUUCAAGAUGCUACUUCAGACCAAUUGGUUGAUGAAUUUCUCGAUAGCAGAGCCAAUCCUGUUCCUCAAACCUUUAAAAUGAAAGAUAUCUUCCAAGAGAUCAAUGAAAUUGAUCAAAGUCUUCAUCCUCCGAUUUCUCCUUAUCAUCCAGUGCCUAUGCCUACGGAAAGUCGUGCUUUGAGUCAAGAUUCAGAAUGGACAAAUCAGUUUCUAGAAAAUAAACCAGAUUUUUAUGAACAGAACACUGAUAGAAUUUGGUCAGAAAAUCAUUUACCUCCACGACCAAUAUCACAAGAAAACAGUAAUGAAUUUGGUCUUGGACAAACUUGGGCAGAAGAUUAUAUUGAACAAACUUUGGAAACUGGAACGGAUGAAAUUCGAGCACUUGAUUCUUUUUCAAAUCCAAAGCAAGAUGAUCCACGAGCAGCCUAUUCAAAAUUUAUGAAAUUUAUGAACCAAGAAAAUGAGCAACUUGGUGAAGGUCUGCAACAUCCUGUGUCAUUGAAUAUAAAUUCAAAAUGGGCUCAAGAAUUUUCCGAUCAGAAAAAUGUUGAAGAUCAAUCUUCAGAUGAUGUAAAAAAUGACGAUGUUUUAAAUAAAAAUGAAGAUGAUUUAUUAAGUGCUGGAUGGUUAAAUGAAUUCUUCGACAAUCCUUCAGGUUCAGAAGCUCAUGAAUCUGCAUUUUGGUCUCGUCUUCAAGAUGAGUGGGAUAAAAUAUCUAAUAAACAAGUGGUAGAUUCACAUCCAUGGAUAUCUGAAUAUGAAAGUUAUUACGAUCCAUUCAAAGAUUAUAAAUUCAGCGAAGAUAAUCCAAUGAAAGAUUCAGUUGAUGCAUUAGAACAAGGUAGAAGAAGACUAGAAGCUGGAGACUUACCAAGUGCUGUAUUGUGUUUUGAGGCAGCUGUUCAACAAGAUGCUGAAAAUUCUGAAGCUUGGUUAUUAUUAGGAAAAACUCAAGCCGAAAAUGAACAAGAUCCUGCAGCUAUUGCAGCUUUGAAAAAAUGCUUGACUCUUGACCCAUCAAAUUCAACAGCUUUAAUGACAUUAGCAGUAGCGUACACGAAUGAGUCAUAUCAAAAUCAAGCUUGUUUAACUUUAAAAGAAUGGCUGAUGAAGAAUGAAAAAUAUAAUCAUCUCUUAGUUAAUAAUGCUGGAGGUGAAACAACAACUUUGAAAUCAAGCGUAUCUACAAUUUUGUUUAAUAGUGUCCAUAAUGAAGUAAAAGAUCUUUUUAUUCAGGCUGCAAGGAUGAAUCCAACCAAUGAGAUUGAUACUGAUGUUCAAAUAGGUUUAGGCGUCCUUUUCAAUUUAUCCAGUGAAUAUGAUAAAGCAGCUGAUUGUUUUCGAGCAGCUCUACAAGUUUGUCCGGAUGAUUCUAGAUUGUGGAAUAGACUUGGAGCCUCAUUAGCUAACGGUCAAAGAUCUGAAGAAGCUGUUGAUGCUUAUUCCAGAGCAUUGGAAUUAUCUCCUGGAUUUAUUAGAGCUCGUUAUAAUUUAGGGAUUUCCUGUAUUAAUCUUGGAGCAUAUAAAGAAGCUGCAGAACACUUAUUAACGGCUUUAAAUCAACAAGCAGCUGGAAAAGGUAUUGACGGUCAGAGUCCACCACCUCGAGCUAUGUCUGAGUGUAUUUGGUCGACAUUAAGACUAGUUAUUUCGUUAAUGCAUAAAUAUCAGCUGAGCGAAGCUGUUGAAGUGAGAGAUCUAGCAAAGUUAAACAGGGAAUUCGAAAUGGUAUAAAUAACGUUUAGAAAAAAAAUUAACAAAUGAAAAAAAGUUAUAUUAGAACUGUUGAUUGCAUCAACCUGUUGUUGAAUCUAAA